AUGCCCCCGAAGAAGCGUCUGCACUUGUCGUCCGCUGGUCCCAACCAGGAAGACCACGUCGAGGAAGCAGCUCCCGGUGUCUCUACCUCUGGAAGAGAAGAUUCCGAGGAAGAGGACGAAGUUAGCUACAGUAGCAGCGGCGGCGGGGACAACAAAGAUAACGAUGGCAGCCAUUCAUCGCAGAUUGACGGUGCCGACAUGGACGACCCAUCCAAAGUGCACAUCUUUAUCAAGAAUCCCGCCGGCAGGAAAAUCUGUCUCAGGGGGGUCCACUUGUCAGACACCCUUUACACCAUCAAGGCAAAGAUCCAGGAGCGCUACCGCCUCGUCUUUGAUGGGGUGCAGCUGGAAGACAGCCAUACAAUGGCGGAUUAUGGCAUCCAGCAUGAUUCCACGCCUGACCUCCAAGAAAAGAUGCAAAUCUUUGUGACGGAGACGCUAGAAGGCAGGACCAUCACUCUAGAGGUCGACAACCUAGACACCAUUGACAAUGUGAAGGCCAAGAUUGAAGAUAUUGAGGGCUUCCCCAAGGUCCAGCAGUGCCUCAUCUUUGCCAACAAGCAGCUGGAUGAUGAGAAGCGCACUUUGGCUGACCACAACAUUGGGAAAGGGUCCACUCUUCUCCUCAUCCUCCUCCCGUGCAGGCCAACUGUUGUGAUGAAAAUAUUCGUGAAGAUGCUGCGAGGGAACGUUAUCUCCCUUGAGGUUGGGCGCUCGGACACUGUUGGCAGUGUGAAGGUGAAGCUCUACGAGCUGGACGGCAUGCCCCCUAGACAGCAGCGCCUCAUCUUUGCUGGCAAGCAGCUGGAGGACCACCGCACCCUGGCCGACUACAACAUUCAUAUGGAGUGUACCAUUCAACUGGUGGGACGUCUUUGUGGUUGUUGA